AUGACUUCAUUAGGAUACAUACUGAGACACUAUAGCAACAGGGAUUACUCAAAUGCCAAAACAAAAACACAAUUGCAACGAAAAACACAAGACUUUAGUUUACCAACAAUUAAAAAGUCUAAGCAUUUUGCAGGAAGGACACGUCGUAAAAGCUUAGAUAAAAAUGGCAAAUCGGCUCCACAAGAGAGGUUGCCCCCAGCUAACAGAAAUGGUCUUGUUGCGUCAAACCAUUUCACAAGUAACUCUACCACUGGAAAUCAGAGGGGCCAUGGGUCAAAAGGACAAAGGUCAAGGCCGGGCCAUAGGUCACUCCCGGGUAGUCGAACUAAAGACAAAACUGACGUUCAAAGACAAGUUAGCUCCGCCCCGCAACAACAGGGCGCUGCAAAUGACCAGCCAUUACCAAAAAUAAACACUCUAGUCGAUGGACCCAUUCAAAGCGAGGGGAAUUCCAAACCAAGUAAUCUGAGUACAUCUGAAAGGGUUGUGCCAAUAUUAAAAAACUGUGGUCCACAGGGAAUAUCAACAAGGGCGCAAGGUGCUAAUCAUAUCAAGACGUCCAGGUCGAAGUUCGCCACAGCAUGGGCCACACAGAGGGCAGAACAAAACAUAGGUCUCGACGCCACACCAAGGGGAGAGGAGGACCAGAUUCCAAAGAAAUCAACAGACGAUGUCCGCUCUCCAAGAAAAUCAGCCGCAUCUCAUAAAUCUACAGAUGCAAAGCCUGCAAAAGUCAGUAAGAACGACUCAAACAAAAGUGCCAAAAGUCAAAAACAGAAUACGAAGAACCAAACGGCUAAAUCUGCAAACAAAGAAAUAAAAUUGGAAAGAACAAUUACUCGUGUUAGGCUUCAAAAAGAAUUAGAAAGAACUAGGAUGGAUUUUCUAUCAAAACGGAAUAUUAAUGAACACGAUCUCCAAGCAUGUAAUAUUUAUACUGCAGCAGCUACGACGCUGUGUAAGAACGACUUAAAAAGUAAUAGUAGCAAAAAGCUUGAUAGCGAAGAAACUCCCGAAAUAACAAAAAUUCCUCCGUGGCGGAAGAAUUAUACAUUGACGAGAAAUGAGGCCAAAAUGUAUAAAUUUUGUAAGUCGAUAUAUGAUAGACCAAGUGAGCAAAAACAAAGACAACUACGAUUCUACAAAAAGUUGGAAAAGAUGCAAUUAGAAGAGAUGAAACGAUAUAACGAGACAUUAAGGCAAGACCAACUAAAAAAGUCACAAACAAAGAUGAAGCAGCAAAAGCAAUUGUUUAGAGUACGGCAAAACUGGGAGAAAGAGCGCAACAAACGCUGGGCGAAGCAAUAUAUCUCGUCCAAAAAUAUGGAAAAAUUCCGAAUAGAUAGACAUGAUUAUGGAUUACCAGAUGAAUUUGAUAACAAUCCUGAAUAUGUUGCAAAAUUAAAACGCAAGAAGAAACCUGCAUAUGAUAAGUUUGUCGAACAAGUACAACGUGUUAAAAAUAUGAAAAAAUUCGCAGCUAUGUUUGACAUUAACACAGGACCUGUAUGGGAUCCUAAUUAUAAAGAACCAAAGAUGACUCGUGAUAUCACUUCAAUAGAUACGAUCGAUAACUAUGGUAAGAAGGUCAAAAAGAAAGUGAAUGUGAAGAAGGAGUUACAAGAUAUCAAAGCAAUACUAAAGAAAGAUAACACGGGCAGCGAUGACGAGGAGAAUGACAGUGAUGACGACGACGAUGACGACGACGACGACGACGACGACGACGACGAUGAUGAUGUCUCUAAUUCUAUGAAGUCAUUGGGAUUAAGUGAAGAUUCCGACGAUGAUGAUGACGACGAUCUGUUCGAAAAGGCCAGGAAGAAAUAUGGCCUUGACUUGGAUAGUGAUGACGUCGAUUCGGACGAUGAUUAA